UAACUUGUCCAGCUGACGAAGGACGGAGGGAAUGUAAACAUAAAAGAAACUUAAAUUAUGCCCCUGUCCUUGAGAGUAUGGUCCUUUUUGUGGAGCACAGGACCAAAGAUAGACCUGUCCAAACGACUUUGGAUGAAAGCAACCCCGUUGUCUUUCGUACGACAUCAAGACCUCAGCACUCAAACCAAUAAAACCAAUCAUUACAAUGCCCUUGGUCUAAAUCCCACAGCUACUGAAGAGGAGAUUAGGGAGGCAUAUAUGAAGAAGUCUAAAGAGUGGCAUCCUGACAGCAAUCUAGAAAAACAAGACGAAGCUCAUUUAAAAUUUGUUGAAGUUAAUGAAGCUUAUAAGGUUUUAAGUGAUACAGGAAGAAGAGCAGAAUAUGAUGCCCAGUUUAAAAUUCCACAAGAGCAUUUGUACAGACAGGGACCAUUAGAUGACAAAGUAUAUGAACGCAUUCAUCACGCAAGUCGCAAUUAUUCAUGGGGACGACAUAAAAAUGAUGUAGUCUAUUUUCUGGUUCAAGACACAGUAAGGAUUUUUUUAGCCAUGGUUUUUGUAACAAUCCUUCAUUAUAAAUUUUCUCCAUCAGUUAAAGAAGAAGUGGCAAGGGCACGCGAUCCAUUACGUUAUAUGGUAGAUGAAUAGGACAAUAAAGUUGGCACACUUUGGAUUAGAGAUGGCACAUAAACUGUAAUGUUGUGUUCACUAACAUUGAAAAUGUGGCCAUCUGUCAAAAAAGAUAAAUUUAUGUAUUUUACAUGUUGACAAAUGAUGAGCUAUUUUGCCAAUUUUAAUGACAUAUAUGU